AUGUCAACGACCCCCUCCAUCCCCGCCCGGCAAGAUGGCGCAACGAGCGCUCGCUUCCUGGUGGAAGUCAUGGCAUCGAAGUUUAACGUCAAUGGGUGCUGGGUCUGCGGCGCCCCGACGUCGCACAAGUGCUCCUCAUGCCAGUCGUACGGGACCGAUAUCCGCUUCUGCCCGCCGGAGCACCAGAAACUUGUCUGGCCCUUCCACCGACAGACCUGCGGACUUCGCUCGAAGCCUUUCGACUUGCCUCAUCUAACCGACGAGCAGAUUGCACGCCUUGUAGCCCACAAGGACACGCGCAUUCCUGCCUCUGACCUCUCGACGCCAUCGGCAAGCGAUCACGCGCGGAAGAACCUUUGGGCUUCUCUUGCCCGCCAGGGCUUUCCGUUCGACCCUUACCGUCACCGCCGAGCCGUCUUUGCUAGCUACUACUGCCUGGCGAGGCUUGAAUACGAGGACGUCGAUGCGGUCGACUUCUACGAGCGCGACUUACCAGUGCACCUAGUCGCCUGGAUCUACUACAUCUACCGCGCCGACACUCGUUUCUCGACUCGCUUGACCGACGCCUUCUUGCACCGCGCAGUCACGGCGAUUGCCGUGGCCACCCUCGUCAAACGGCAGUUUGCAACUCCCGAGUACCUUGCUUUCUUCGAGCAUGUCACAGAGCAGCUCCUUCUAGUCGCCCUGUUGGGCAUCGAGUUCCUCGACCCCGACUCGGCGAAGCAAUUUGCUCACGCCAUCACCUGGCACCUGCACGACGCCACAUGCGUGCGACCGCUGGUCCACAUUACGAGGGAUGAUGCGGGAGUUGUCAUGUUUCACGGCGUCAAAUGCGUCGCAAGGCCGACACGCAGCCAACACGGGCCGGACGCGCUCGAAGACGUCGACGCCAUUCUUGACGCUUCUCACCACCACUGCAGCGUAUCGUAG